UUUUCAAGCUAUUUUGAAAAGUCAAAAAAUGGCUCGUAUGAAUAGACCUGCCCCAGUGGAGAUCACCUACAAAAACAUGAGAUUCCUCAUUACCCACAACCCCACUAAUGCCACGCUUCACAAAUUCAUUGAGGAACUGAAGAAAUAUGGGGUGACGACGGUAGUUCGAGUGUGUGAGGCCACAUAUGAUGCAAACCUGGUUGUUAAAGAAGGUAUUCAGGUUCUGGAUUGGCCCUUUGAUGAUGGAGCUCCUCCCUCUAACCAGAUCGUUGAUGAUUGGUUGAAUCUUCUUCGGAUGAAGUUUAGGGAGGAGCCAGGCUGCUGUAUUGCCGUACAUUGUGUUGCAGGCCUUGGAAGAGCCCCAGUGCUGGUUGCUCUGGCCCUGAUUGAGUGUGGCAUGAAAUAUGAGGAUGCCGUUCAGUUCAUUCGACAAAAGCGCCGUGGAGCAUUCAACAGCAAGCAGCUCUUCUAUCUGGAAAAAUAUCGUCCCAAAAUGCGUCUUCGAUUCAAGGAUUCCAACGGCCACCGCAACAACUGCUGCAUUCAGUAAAAGCUUGCGAAUCAGCCUUUCUCAAAUGUGUAAUGGGAAUUUGUAUCUAGCAUAGGUAGUUUGUUCUCUUAAUUGGUAACUGUGAAAAUGGCGUUACAAAAAUUAAGCUUAUUUCGUUACAAGUGUCCCCCGCCCUUCUCUUUGUUUUGAUGUAUUUCCUGUGGAGAACCUCUGUCAGCAAGGUAAAGUGCUUGGUUGAACAUGAGCUUAGUGUUUUGCGAUGAAGUUUAUGUUGGUGAAACAUGGUCAAAUCCCAACUCUGCCAAACACGUAGUAUGCUUUAUAGCCUAAAUGGUUUAAUUAAAAACUAAUUUCAUGCACUUUUUUUUUUUCAGUCUAUCUGUAAUAAAUGCCUGCCUCUGAAAAGAUCUAAAAUAAAUGCCUUAUUACAGCAGAAAGACACCGUCUGGUGGAGGAGUUCUCGGUGGCAUUUGGAGAGGUUUCUCAAUGAUGUCUUUUGCAGAAAAAAAAUCAGGAAGAGAGGUAAAAAAAAUAGAGGAAAAUAAAAUCUCUUUAUAUAAAUAUAUUGAAGGGUGGGGUACUACUUUUUGUUGUUUAUCCAAACUUUGUUUACCUAUUACUGCCAUGUCAAUAGUGUGAUGUUUGUGUUUUGGCUUAAAACUGGACCUCACUGUCUGCGGUAUUUUUAUGCCUUUUUAUUUGAUGUGCAUAACUUAAUAUUUCAAUACUUGAUUUACGUACGGUAUUUGAUUGUGUACUGUUAAAUCACCUAUUUAUAUCAUUGGAUAUGUGUUUUAGUAUAGCAAGAAACAAGUUUGCCAAUUUGAGAGUACAAUAAAGAUACACUGAAGGAGCA